GAUUUAGUGACCUUGUAAGUUGCCAACUGUUUGAUGCUUGGCUAUGUAACUUUACGAUAUCAACUUCUAUUUUCGAUUAUCAGACUAUCAUAAUCUCAAGAAAAUGCCAAUAACUGGGGGUAUUGCUGCACCAAAAAUUAUACCAUUAAAGUCAGAAGAUAAAGAAACAUUACAAGGUUGCAUUGAUACUCAAACAUUUAUUGAAAUUGUAUCAGAUACACCGAACGCACGAUUAUAUUUCACAACAAAUGGAAAAAAUCCUAAUCCAUGGAAGAGAAAAGUUGAUGGUCGUGAAGUGACUUUUGUAUAUAAAGCUCCAUUCGCCCUUCGUCCUGGUAAAAGAGUUGUUAAAGCAAUGGCUGUUCACAGUGUAACAAACGUGGAAAGUCAUACUGUCACACGAAAAUUUAGAGUUAUAGAUAUUGGUAAUAAAGAUAAACGGCUUCACAAUGGGGAUAAACCUAUUGGCAUGGAAAGUGAUGAAGAAAAUUCAUCAAGUGAUGCUUUAGAAAUGCUUGAUAAUUAUGAUGAUGAUAACGAUGAUGUAAAUGGUAAUGUUUAUAGUCCAGCUAUAAUACGAAAACAAAAUGAUGACUACACAGAUGACGUAAUUGAAAACUUUAUGCGUAGAAAUGCAGAUCAAGGUUUUGCAGCUACAAAUCAUUCAGGUACACAAAUUAAUCUGUGGGGUCAAAUGCCAGGUUUAAAUUGGGAUAUACGUACACCAAAUUCAGGUAAUAUUUCUGGUUCAUAUCCAAUGCUUAAUCAUAAUAAUACAAUACCAUUUUGGUCUACACAACCAUCAAUAAAUAUGGAAAAUUUUGUAAGUCCACAACAACUAAGCGCAAUAGCAAAUCAUCUUACACAAUGUAUUGAUCAAACACGUCAUAUGACUGUGACAGAAGUUCGUGAACUUAUGAAACAAGUAACAGAGAAAUUUACACCAAAACAAAAUGAUUCUGUUAAUUCUAUAAAUCAAUCAUUAUCAACGAUAAGUCAAGGAAUGGGUAAUAUAAAUGAACAAAUUGAACAUGUAAAAUAUAAUUUAAUUGAAUACAUAAAACGAGAUAAGGUUUUUGCAGGAACUUUAUCACAAGCUAAAAUGGGUAAUGUAAUCUCUGCAGAUUUCGAUGAAAAUGAAAAUAGCUACUUAUUAACAAUCCAUCUUGAUAAACCAAUUAAAGCUACAAAACCCCAUAGAGAUUCUCAAGAUUCAGGAAGAAAAUCAAAUCAAAAUAAAUCAAUGAGACCGCCGAAAACACCAACGCCUAACAGACCAAGUUCCUUUAACAAAGAAAAUAUUCCUUAUUCACCUGAAAAGACAGGUCAAAAAGAUGAUAAUACUGAAGAUACUAAGUCGGGUUCUGUUGAUAUAUCUACACAUGAUCAGUACCGUGAUGUAGAAGAAUACCCACUUGAACCAACUUUAAAACCGUCAGCUAAUUUUGAUGUUGAUAAAGAUUGUGAACAACUACAUCAAGCUAUGGCUGGAAUGGGAACUAAUGAAAAAUCAUUAAUUGAAGUGAUGGGUCAUCGAUCUUCUGAACAAAGAGUUAUUAUAACACAAAAAUAUAAAUCAACGUAUGGUAAAGAUUUAACCUCGAAAUUUAAGUCAGAAUUAAGUGGAAGUUUUUAUGAUUGUAUGGAAGCUUUAUGUUAUUCACCAGUUGAAUUUGAUGCACGUGAAGUGCGUAGAUCAGUGAAAGGAGCUGGUACAGAUGAAGAUGCUUUAAUUGAAAUUUUAUGCUCUAGAACAAAUGCACAAAUUAAGCAAAUUAAAGAGACUUAUUCUAAAAUAUUCCCUAAUCGUGAUUUAGAGAAUGAUGUUAAAAGUGAUACAUCACGUCAUUUCAAACGUGUAUGUGUUGCUCUAUUACAAGGUGAUAGAGAUGAAUCAUUAAAAGUAGAUAUGGAACUUGUUCGAAAAGAUGCAGAAAAUUUAUAUAGAGCAGGUGAACAAAAAUUAGGGACAGAUGAAUCAAGGUUUGUUCAAAUAUUGAUUUCACGAUCCUAUGCUCAUUUACGUUUAUUAUUCGAAGAAUAUUCAACUAUUGGUAAAAAGAAUAUUGAAGAUACUUUAAAGUCAGAAAUGCAUGGUGAUACACUUCGAGCAUUUUUAUCUAUCGUUUCUUGCAUUAAAAAUAAACCGAAAUAUUUUGCUGAGAAAUUAGAAAAAUCAAUGAAACGAUUAGGAACUGAUAAUAGAACACUUAUACGUAUUAUUGUAUCACGUUGUGAAGUUGAUUUAGGUAUAAUUAAAAAAGAAUUCUUGAGUUUAACUGGAAAAACAUUGGAAUCUUAUAUACAUGAUGAAACAAGCGGUGAUUUACGUUUAAUACUAUUAGCUUUGGUGGGAGCAUAAAACGUGGUCGUUGUUAGCACAAUGAGAUAAUCCUAUCUUUUUACAUCUAUCAAACAAAAGGCUGUGAUUAAUUUUCCCUCUAACAUAUUCAUCAACCUAAUCUGUGAUCUAAAAAAAAACCGUAAAUCAAUAUAAAUUUCCUUUUUCGAAAAUUUUAUUUUAAUAUCACAUCAGGAGUUUUACAAAAAAACUAUUAUAUUCUUUUAACUACUUAUAUUUUGAUUAGUAGUAGUUCAUAAUCUAAACAGUUUAUUUCGUCAAAUCUUUCAAAGCAUUACUGUCGAUUAAAUCUCAAACAAUGUAAAAAUAAAUUCCAAUCUAUUCAUUUUUU